AUGCCAGCCACCGCGCUCGCCUCGUCGACCUUCGCUCUCUCAGGAUCGCGCCCGAGGGCGGGACUCCGGCACGUGCGCGGGCGUGAGGCUCUCCGUGCAUCCCCCGCCACAGGGCCUUCCCGCAGUGCCCCAACCUCUGAGGCAGACCCCUCCCGCAGGUCAGCCCUGCUGUCAGGUGCCGUGGUGGCUGGGUCUGCAUGGAUCGGACGCCCGGGAAUUGUGGCAGCUGCUGACUGCGAAUUCCAGUCGUCACCAAGUGGCCUGGAGUUCUGUGACCUCAAGGAGGGAUCAGGCCCUGAACCCACCAAGGGUGCCAAGAUCAAGGCCCACUACACUGGCCGCCUGGACAGCAAUGGCAAGGUCUUCGACUCCAGCUACGACCGGGGUUCGCCGCUGGCCUUCCAGGUGGGCGUGGGCCAGGUCAUCAAGGGCUGGGACAUGGGCAUCCUGGGCACUGACGGCAUCCCCCCCAUGAAGCCUGGCGGCCAGAGGAAACUGAGGAUCCCAUCGGAGCUGGCCUACGGCUCCAGGAGCGUGGGCGGCGGCCUCAUCCCCGCAAACUCUGUGCUCGUCUUCGAUGUGGAGUACCUAGGCUUGGCCUGA